AUGGAUAAAAAGCCUUUUUCCAUUCGACGACAUUCCUUACUUAUGCCGAGAGACGAACAAUCCGAACAUCGUUAUGGCCCAAAAAAUGGAGGUUUCGCAUUUUUUGCAUCCUCCUCUUCUUCCUCUAACUCAUUUGGGUCAACUUCCAAUGGGGGAAUUAUUAACGGAAAUAAACAACAAAAUAAUGAGGGAGGGCCGUUAAACAGCCUACGCCGUUCUCUUAGACAAAUUAAUCCGUUCAAAAGCCGCCUCUUUCGACUGCCAGCAACGCCUAGGCUUAGUCGGUCUAAAAAAGUUUUGGGGAGAGGAGAGGAUUUUACUAAUUGGAACUUUGAAAGGCCUAGCGAGGAAGAUAAUAAUUCUGCCAAUAAUUCUUUUAGCGAUAAACAAGGGAAUUUUAAGGACCAGUCAAAAAUUAAAUGGAAAACACAAGUUGAGACCAACAAAACUAAGCGGGAUAUUGACCAAUAUUCUCAAAUUAACCCUGGCGAAAACAAUGACUUGGACGAAUUUCUAUCAAUAAUGGCUAAAAUUACCAACAAAAAUCAGAUUGGGGGAAGCUGUCGAUUACCUUUAACAACUGAUUCCUCUAUACAAAAUUCUCAAUUAUUGGAGAAAAAUGUAGAGAAAUCACUCAAGAUGAAAGGAGAUACAGUAAUAGGGAUUGAUAAUAAAUUUAGUGAAUUUUACAAUCAAAGCCAAAAGCAAUCGAAAAAUGGAAAAACUAAUAAAAUACGAAGCAAGAUUCCGUCAUUUCAUGAUCCCUUGAUCACCAAAAGUAAUAACGUUGAAUUGCCUAAUCCUCCUAUUAAUAAUAUUAAUCACUGCUAUAAUCAUAAAGAAAGUAAUAUUAAAAAUGCAAAUCCUCAACAAAACUUAAAUUGUUAUAAUAUGUUGCCUAGCACACGCUAUGCACCCGAUGGGGAAAUAUACGCCGCUUGUUGGCGUAACAAUCAUUAUCAACAACCCAACAAUUUUCUACACAAUCCUGGCCAACCACCACCUUCAAUUCCUCCAAUUCCCCAAACUCAAUAUCGCUGCCAGAGGCCUCAAAACCUUCCACUAAUCUCCCCGCAAAUAAAUCCGGAAAAAGAAGACAAUUUCCAAUUAGUGCCUAAAUCCCCUAGCCAUUCAGCAAUAACAUUGUUAAAUAUUAAUGGUUGUAAUAAUGUACAGCAACAACAAAUUCGUUAUGCUACUCCAUAUGUAGUUAACCAUAAUUAUAAUUUUCCUGUGACUCAAAUACAAACACAGGUAUUAAUUGGAGUGAUUUUUUGUAUUUUUGUCUGGAAAAAAUAUUUGAAUUUUUUCCGGAAAAAUAUAUUCUGA